AUGAAAACAUAGAGGAGGACCAGACUCCACUUCACUUCCCAAGAAACGCCAUCGUUUAGGGAAGAUUUUCUUCCUUCUUCAAGACUGGCUAAAAACCGCUGCAGUCGGGAGAGAGGCUUGUUUUGAUGGUGACGGGUCUAAGAGAUUGAUAUUGAAGCGCAAAAGAGGAAGGUGUUCGACCCAAGGGAAGGGAAAGAAUCAGAGAGCAGCGUGAAAGUAGGGAUUCAGUGUUAACUCGGGAGAAAAGAAGGGAUAUCAGAGGGUUUGACCGGGGAAAGAUUUUGGUGAAGAAGGGGGAAGCAGGUUCUAGAAGGAGAAGAGGCCGAGAGAGACGGGAGAGAGAAGGGAAGAUAUGAGGGAGGAGUCUCCUGUUUUUCUUUGAGGGGGAGCUUCUGUUUUGAGGAUUGGGAAGACAGCGAUUUGGUAAAAAGGGAGGCCGAAGAGAGAGAGAGAGAGAGAGGGAGGUUUAUUGAGGGAGCAAAAAAUCUCAAACAAAAGACGGGAAGGUGAAAGAGGGUUUCGGAUUUUUCAUUGUUGUUUGGCGAGAGUGAAAAAGAAUAGCAAAAAGAAGAGGAAACGGGGAGCCUCGGUUUUGUGAAGAAGAAGAACAGUGAUCGAUAAAGAGUAGACUAAGGAAAAGCUGGACAAGCAAAUUAUCGUGUGACCUUGCAAGUACAAAGCACUUUUAUGUGCUUCGGUAUAUGCAGGCAUUUAUGUGAAAAGGGAUUCUACCUAUAAGGACAUGCAUAAUCAUUAGCGGGGAAUCAUCAGACUGCAAUGUCUUAUUCAUGGAUGCGAACCUUUUCAGCUCGAAGAAAAUGCUAUGGCAUUGGUUUCCUCCAGAGAAGCGCGUCUUCUCCAAAAAUCCAUGUGUAUAGUGUUCACUCAGCCCCCAUCUUCUCCAAGCAAACUCUCAAGGAAUCAUUUUUUGGAUCAUGUUUCAAUUCUGUCACUAAUGGAAGUGGAAUUUUCUGGUUGGGUCAAAAGCCUUGUACUAUUUCACUUACAAGCGUGAAUCGUAAUAGUGUAUUUCAAUUCACCAGUCUCUUUUGCUCAGUAUCCGAAAAUGAAUUAUUCGAUGAUGAUCAUUGCUCAAGUGAUGAUGCAUGUGAUCACAUGGAGAUUUCAGGUUUUGAUUCUGCGGCUGAUGUUGUGGGUAAACAUAAAGAAAAGAUGGUGUACGAGAAACCCAUUGAUUUCACUAAAGUAGACAUUAACCUACUACCAACAGUCAUGAUUGUUGGUCGCCCAAAUGUUGGCAAGUCAGCCUUGUUUAACCGGUUGAUCCGGAGGAGGGAAGCUCUUGUGUACAACACCCCUGAUGAUCAUGUCACUAGGGACCUAAGAGAAGGUAUUGCCAAACUGGGUGAUCUGCGAUUCAGAGUACUUGACUCUGCUGGCUUGGAAACAGAAGCAUCUUCAGGGUCUAUUCUUGGCAGAACCACGGCAAUGAUUGCCAAUGUGCUUGUGAGGACCCAGUUUGCAAUUCUCCUAAUUGAUGUGAGGAAUGGACUUCAUCCGAUGGACUUGGAGGUUGGGAAGUGGUUGCGCAGACAUGCACCAGAAAUUAAGCCCAUAGUAGCCAUGAAUAAAUCUGAAUCACUUCAUGAUGGUGUUGGUUCUUUUGCUGAAGCUGCUUCUGAAGCCCAUAUGUUAGGAUUUGGGGAGCCAAUUGCUAUAUCUGCUGAGACUGGAUUGGGUAUGACAGCACUCUAUGAAGUUCUUCGACCUCCACUUGAGGAUUAUAUGGUCAGAGCUCUAAACGACAGUUGCAGUCAAGAUAAUAUCUCAAAUCAGGACAGUAACUCUGGUGAGGUUGAUGAGUCUAAGUUGCCACUACAGUUAGCUAUUGUAGGACGGCCUAAUGUGGGGAAGUCAACACUGCUCAAUGUAUUGUUGCAAGAAGAGCGUGUACUGGUGGGUCCAGAAGCUGGGUUGACGCGAGAUUCUGUGAGAGCACAGUUUCUGUUUCAAGGAAGAACUGUAUAUUUGGUUGAUACUGCAGGUUGGUUGCAGAGAACAGAGCUACAGAAAGGACCGGCAUCAUUGAGCAUCAUGCAAUCAAGAAAGAGUCUGAUGCGGGCUCAUGUAAUUGCUCUUGUCCUUGAUGCAGAAGAGAUUUCAAAGGCUAGAAGGAGUAUGACGCAUGCUGAGGUAGUCAUAGCAAGACGGGCUGUGGAAGAAGGACGUGGUCUGGUUAUUGUUGUAAACAAGAUGGAUUGUCUAAGGGGGAAACAGAAAUCCAUGCUAUAUCAGAAGGUCAAGGAAGCUGUUCCUCAAGAAAUUCAGACAGUUUUACCCCAGGUGACAGGAAUACCAGUAAUAUUCAUUUCAGCAUUAGAAGGAAGAGGCCGUAUGGCCAUCAUGCGCCAGGUCAUUGAUACAUAUAAUAAAUGGUGUUUAAGGUUGCCCACAGGUCGUCUUAAUCGGUGGUUGUGUAAGGUAAUGAGCAGACAUUCGUGGAAAGACAAGGCUGCACAACCCAAGAUCAAGUACGUCACACAGGUAAAAGCCCGGCCACCCACUUUUGUAGCCUUUAUGAGUGGGAAGACACAGCUAUCGGACACGGACCUCAGGUUCUUAACAAAGUCUUUAAAAGAGGAUUUUGAUUUAGGUGGAAUUCCCAUUAGGAUCAUGCAAAGGUCUAUUCCUCAAAUGUCUAAGGUUAGCGGUAGCAAAAGCAGCCAGUUCACCGGCAGAACGGUUCAAAGAACCUUGUCCGAAAAGAGAGAGGUGCUUGCUUAAGAAUCCAACAAUUUUAGCUUGCUUUCUCAUUUUGUGUUUUUUUUUUUUUUUUUUUUUUUUUUUUCUAUUGUAUUUAUUUAUUCAUAGCUUUUCUUGGCAAGGAAUAGCCCUUAACUAGUUGCUUAGAAAGACUCUGCUGACACUUCUGAGCAUGGAUAAGAGGAUAGUAACAUUUAUAUGUUCCUUAAAGUUUUUUAUUUAGGUGGGUAGACUAGAUUUUCCUCAUUUUAUAAACAUUUAUGUACUUUUUGGCGUCAUAUUUCUUUAUUAAAUCACUCAGUGUAGAUAUGUCUUAAGAAAA